GUCGUCAUCUCCUCAAGACAAACGAACGGAGCAACAGUUGGAAGAAGAGACGAGUGGUCUCAAGAGAAGUCAUGCAAAGAAAACACUCGUCCACAGUGUCUGCGGGGCUGCUCGCGUCUGUCCACUAGGCGACUAAAGUGAAACAGAAGCGACGUUGGAGGUACAGCUGUUGUCGUAAGAUGAAUUUCUCUGAGGUCUUCAAGCAAUCCAACCAACUUUGUAAAGUUUCGCCUGAUGGGAAGUAUUUGGCUACCUGUGUGCAGUACAGGCUGGUGGUGCGAGAUGUGAGCACCCUGCAGAUCCUGCAGCUCUACACCUGCCUGGACCAGAUAUCCCACAUGGACUGGUCUUCUGACUCUCUCUUUGUGCUCUGCGCUAUGUACAAGAGAGGACUGGUACAGGUAUGGUCUCUUGAACAGCCGGACUGGCACUGUAAGAUUGAUGAGGGCUCAAUCGGACUGGUCUCCUCUCGCUGGAGUCCAGACGGACGUCACAUUCUCAACACCACUGAGUUCCAUCUGAGAGUCACCGUCUGGUCCCUGUGCACUAAAGCUGUGUCUUACAUCAAAUAUCCCAAAGCAUGUCAGAAGGGUAUAGAUUUUAGUCAAGAUGGCUGCUAUAUGGCCUUGGCUGAACGCCGUGACUGCAAAGACUAUGUUAGUGUUUUUGUGUGUGACGACUGGCAUUUACUCAGGCAUUUUGAGACUGAGACGCAGGACCUGGCAGGGUUGGAGUGGUCUCCCAAUGGCUGUGUGCUGGCAGUGUGGGACAGCUGUCUGGAGUAUAAAGUGUUGCUGUAUUCUCUGGAUGGCCGGUUGCUGUCGAUGUACAGUGCCUAUGAGUGGUCUCUGGGUGUCAAAUCGGUGACCUGGAGCCCAAGCAGCCAGUUCUUGGCCAUCGGCAGCUAUGAUGAAAAGGUGCGCAUCCUCAAUCACAUCACAUGGAAGAAAAUCACACAGUUUGACCACCCUGCAACCAUCAACAGUACCAAAGCUGUUGUGUAUAAGGAAGUGGAGAGAAGGCAAGCCUCUGGCAGUGGCGACCUAUCGAUACACAACAUCACAAUUGGCACCACUCUCUUUAACACCCAGAGCAAAUAUGAGAUCUGCCCACUGCCAGUCCAGAUUCCUGUGGUCAAACCAGACCCAGACCGAGCCAACCCCAAGAUUGGUGUCUCUAGCUUGGCAUUCAGCUCAGACAGUCGCUAUCUAGCUACUAAAAAUGACAAUAUGGCCACGGUUGUCUGGGUCUGGGACAUGCAGAGGAUGAGCCUGGUGGCUGUGCUUGAGCAGACAUCAUCCGUGCGCUGCUUUCAGUGGGACCCCCGACGCCCCCGGCUGGCUCUGUGUACAGCCAACACCAAGCUCUAUCUCUGGUCGCCAUCGGGCUGCGUUUCAGUGCAAGUCCCCACCGAAGGUGGUUUCCAGGUCCAGUCACUAAGCUGGCACUGCAGUGGAGACUCUCUGAUCCUGCUUGGAAAGGAGCAGCUGUGUUUGUGCUACAUGGACACUGAACAGGAAGACAACUCAGCUUCAAACAGAGUCUGACAAUGAAAUUAUUCCUCUCGGGGAACAAACUGAAUACCGGGCAGGGGAAACUGCAGAUGUCUCUUCUCACAAACCAGCCUGCCCACAAGACAUCCCUGCUGUGCUGCGAGAGAUGAGCACCAUGUUGGCUGAACAGAGGGUGGAGCUGAGGCACUUACAGCAAGAGAAUGAAGCACAAGCAGCAAAGCUGAGAGAACUGGAUUUGCAAAAGAAGCAACAGGUCCUAGAACUGGAUUUGCAAAAGACUCAGCUGGACAAGUUGAAGCAACAGGUCCAAGGCAGGAGAAGUGACAACCAUUAAAGGCAGGACAAACGUGACAGAAAAGCAGGUGGAGGUUCUGAGGAGAGAGACAGAAGUCAAACGGGUUGCCUUCUCAGCCUCUCUGUUGGCUUCAGGCGGUGGACUCCUCGGACCAUUUAAUACAUUCAUUCCUCUGGUUUUCUGACAUUGUUUUUUGGAAACGCCUACAACCCACACACAGGUUUUUUUAUUGCCCCAGUGACAGGAGCCUUCCCUUAUUUCUACUCUAACCAGUCGUGUCUUGUGUGGCCUUACCUGACCCCAACUUUACCCCAACCCUAACCAGUUAUCUCUCUAUCCGGAGUUAUUUGGGCACAUGUGGGUCAGUGGAAACAAGUUGAGAAUGCAAUUCUCAUCACGUAAUUGCCUAUUCAGAAGUUACAGAGCAGCAUUAUCAUUCAUUCAUUGUGUUUCUAUCCAAGUGAUGAAUGCAAGUCUAAUAUUUUGUUUGCAUUUAGCACAGUUUUAAGUCUCUGCUGACCAACUCCAGAGGUAAAUAUGUUGCUCCUUAGCCCCUAAUAUCUCCACUACUGUAGAUAUUUGUGUCAAAAUAGAUUUGUAGUCACUUUAACCCUCCUGUACAAAUGUGACCCCUGAAACUGACAUGAGCCCCUUACCUUAAACAUCUCACCUAAACGCCAAACCCUUAACCUAACAGUCUUAACCCUUAAGUUGGGUUAAGACUCAAGUUGUGAGGACCGGACAAAAAGGCCUCACUUACCCAAAUCCCAAAAUGUAUACUCACUCUGUAAGGUCAGAAACCCAAACUGAUCCUCACGAAAGACACGUACAGUUGUGUCUCCAUGACUUCACAGGACAUGUGAGGACACUAGCUGUUUGCCGGACGGGAGGGGGCGAUGGGAGGGGGUGCAGCGGGACCACGUCCAGUCCACUGAUCAUUCUCAUGGACUUACAGUUCAUGAAUACACAGUGGACUUCUCAUUUAAAAAGCACACAGGUUUUAUUGCAUAUCAAUUUCAUGUAUAAAUUCUUCAUAGCAUUGGAAAGAUUACAUUUGGUAUACAUUGCUAUUCUACAGAAUUAUCAUCAGUCAUCUUUUCAAUGAAAUUUCUCUAAAGUACAUCUUCAAUAAUCACAAGCAUCAAAAGAACUGAAAUUUUCAGAAUUGUUCAAUAUUAUUCUACAAUCCUUUAUUUGUUUUUCAUUAUGUCUUCUCCCACAAGUCUUUACUAUGUCUUUCAGAGCCGCCUGCCCAAACAUCUGUAAGGCAGUCAAGAACUUGAAGUCAAACCUACUAACCUAACCACAUGUACAAUAAGUGCAUCUACGGAUUUAUUUUUUUCUUUCCUUUUUUUUUCUUGUUUUUUGAUUUGAUACACAUUUCACAAAUGGACAUCAUUAUGACUGCUAAACACGUCAUGCACAAUAUCUUUUUUUUGUUUGUUUUCAAUAAACAUAACAGAGGCGAUAUACAACCCAGAUUCAAACAAAACAAGCACCAUCCAUUUAAACCCAUAUUUUUCAAUGAUUUUUUUUCUCUUCAGACAAAUGCACCAUUGUUUUUCAUUCUUUAGAAUACUAUACAGUCAAAAAGAAACAAUAUGUAUAUUUUUUUUUACUUUUACUGUAACAGUGGGGGGGAAACAGCAACCAUGUUCUAUUAUGCUGAAAUAUAUUUCAGCGACCAUCUGCCAGAAUACUUUCUGAAGUUGGCAAAAUGGAAUACUUCAAUGCCUUCAAUUCCUUUGCGUUACACAGCGCGUGCUUAUUACAGUAGUCCAUGACAUGAAUUAUUACAUCUAGUCAACCUAAAAACUUAGCGACCCAAGUCUUUACAUUUUAUAACCACAAGUUGGAAAACAAUGUGUUUACCAUGAAUGACAUCUCAUUCAGUAGAAUUAUUUAAAAAAGAAAGACUCCUGUCAUAUAGAAAAAUGAGAUGAUGCAGCAGUCCUAGCAUCACACUACCACCUGCUGUCGUGAAGAAAUAUUACAGUGCUUCCGUUUCAGAUUUUUCUCAUUCUCCAUGUUGAGCACAAGUUGCUCUUCUAAUGAAAGUGAAACUAGUCUGAAAAUUGAUCCGUGUUCUAAGCUCCAGAGACAUAAGCCUGAUCAGUUAAUGGCUUGGACCCACGUGGUUUAAGUGCUAGUUUGACAAAUACAGCAUCAGGCCAAGUUCUCAAAGUCCCAGGAUGCAGGAAGGGCCAAGGCAACAAUGACCAACAAUACUCAACCCCCUGCAGCUAUCUACAGUUAUCUACAGUAAAUGACCCAUGACCUCCAUGGUACAGUUACCUUGUGGACCACAUGGAAUGACUUUUUUAGUAUGAUCUCAGAAUGUACAGGGAAUAUACUGCAAAGUUAAACUCAUGAUCAAGUUCCUGUUUUCCCCAUCUAGACUCAAUGGAACAAUUUGUUUUAAAUGUUGUUGGGACUGACCAGCAGAAAUAUCAUUUUAAUACUACAAUAUCUGAGGUUUAGUCUACUCUCUCUCUCCAGAUGUUCAUACAGAUGUGACUUUUGGACCAUGUACUAUAGGACAUGUGAUUUUUCAAAACAUUAUUUGUUGGAUACACUUAAUCUAUCAAAUGUAAAAACAGAGGGCGCUCGACAUGAUAAACACAAGUCGGAUUCAAAAGUGUGACAACGUCUUUCAUUCAUGACAUCCAGAGUGAAAGUUGUCUAAGUCUGCCCCAGUCGAGACUGUAACCAAUUUGAACAAGACACAUUCGGGGCUAAAAUGGUUUAACUGAAAGAAGAAAAAACAAACACUGCAGGACGUUACAAUGCCAAUUAGGAUCUAAAAUUGACUACAGCUAUCUUUCACUAUAAAUAAACAGUUAAUUUUGUGGGUUCUUUCUAUUUUGGCACACUAACGCAUCAAACCCAGAGAUUCCGAAUCUCUCCCAUGGUCUGAUAGGCGCUCAUUCCUUCAGCAACAAGAAAAGAGGGAUUAAAUGACUUGCCUUCAUUUUCACUCCUCCAGUCAUGACAAAACAACCAGAAAUAAAUACAUACACACACUUCUGAAAUCAAAUAUAUAAGAGCGUAAUAAGAAAAAAAAACAACAACUAUGACAGCAAAUGAAAGCCCCUUGGACGUGAAAUGAUUGUCAGAGAACAAAACAUUUUCUAUGGGUUAUUUGGCACAUACCACUCUUGCUAUGAACAUCUAGGUUAUUUUGUACAUCAUAUGACAAUAUCAUACAAUUUUGGUCCUUCUCUAAAAAUAAUUAUAUUAACAAUUUAGCACUGUGGUGCCUACAAAGAAACAAUACUGUGGUGUCUAAGAGGAAAGUUAAGUAAAUAAAAUUAACAAAUGACGAUGAAAUAAACAAGCAGAGAGAGACUCACUCAAUUACUUCUUUUUUUUUGAGUGUGAUUUAAAUCCAUUUUCAGCAUGAUCAAAUUGGGUAACCAAUUACAAUGGCCAGUGUCCCAGAUAGCUCAUUAAAAUCACCAGUUGCUGUGCACAUUUGAACAUUGAACAUCAUUCUCCAUUUAAUCAUUCAAAAAUCAAAAAAAAAUAAUCAAGACAGUCUGCUGGAACUGUCAUUUCCUCAAGUAACAUUUAGUGUGGUGCCAUUGGUGAUUUUUGCACGUACAAUUGAAACGAGAUCAGUAAAUGAGUCGCCCAUGAUCGGUGGGGGAAAACCCGGAGACAAUAGUGCACGCGCCCACUACGCUCCCGGUGAAACGCCGCCACCCUGUGGACAUGCAGUGCUGAUGCAGUGCUGAUGCUGCAGUGCUUGUAGUAGGCCGUGUGCACAGACUUUAGAGACAUACUAGUCGUUAAGUGUCUUUGCGAGAGCCUUGCGCGGGGUCUCUGUGGUGCUGGAGUGAGCCUCGUGGACUUGGGGAGGAUCAGGUCAGAGGUCAGAGUUUCAAUGCUGUUGAGAAGCAUUCAUCAUGUCCUUCACAUCAACAGGAGCUUAGCAGUGCUUUCUCUUUGACAGAGUCUUGUGAGACCACCUCACCUAGGGACAAUCUCAACCCCCUCUUUUUCCACACACACACACACACACACACACACACACACACACACACACACACACACACACACACACACACACACACACACACACACACACACACACACACACACACACACACACACACACACACACACACACACACACACUUACUUCUCCGGGCCUCCACGUCCUCUCACUACUCACGUCCACUCAGUCACUAUAGUUUCUGUCCAUUUUACGAAACUUAUGUUCCUCCCACUCCCACCUCUUCUCUCUCUCUCUCUCUUCUCUCUCUCGUCUAGAUGUGGUUGAGCGGGUGAAAGCUGCUCGUCUCGGACGGUCCACCUCCCAUGCUCAGCCAAGCGUCCAGAGAGUUCUGGGAGGGCGCGUGCAAAGGGUUGUUCUCCGAGAGGGACAGCAUCAUUGCAUAAGCCUGCGUGAGAAGACGGGGUGACUUUUAGCACAGAGAAAACGGCAGCGCUCGAUGUAUUCAAACAUCACUUUCGGUGACAUCUCUUCACUCGUAUCCUGUGACCUGUCAAGACAUUUCUGGACACUUUGGACUUAUUACAACUCGGGUCUAUUUUCUGCAGCUCUGGCCGUCAUCUCAAAGAUUUUCUGUAGCAUGUUGCCACGUUCCAAGUUGCAGUCACCCGCAAUCCUCUCAUUAUAUCUUGACACUUUGCAUUGUAAAGAUGUUUUUAAAUUAGACUGGUCAAACUGAGGAUCUUAGAAAAGAUAAGAGCAGUUUACAGGGAAGAGGUUUGGAGGUCGAGAGAGAGGAAAGACAGGAGCGGGCAAGACAAGGUGCUUUCCACCGACAGUUUCAUGCACUGGAUUACCAAAUGUUUCUCCUAUUAAGCACCGGAAUCGAAUCCCUCAUCUCUGUAUUUACAUUUUGUGCCUCACGACCUUCUCGGCACACGUCUCUCCUGUCCCUCCCUUUUAGUUGACCUCCAAGAUCCAGUCACAUACCUGGGUUUUAGCCUGCCUGUACAAUGUCUCUUUCAAUGCCUCCGACUCUAGUGAAGUGUUAAAUAUGUCUUUCACGUCAAAGGGUUGCUCGUCGCUGGCUGCUUUACGUAACCCGUCCAGGCUCUUGGGAAAGCUGGGCAGACCCUCCAGGUCCAAGAGAGAGCCCUCCUCCUCUAUACACCUGGGCACCGAGGGAUUGAUGGGUGGCGGUCACGUGGCAAUGUGGCCGAUAGGUGGAUGGAAAGAUAGAUGUAGAGAUGGGAUAGAUGGAGAGUUAAUGCAAUGCAGAGGGCAAGGGAAAUGAAGGAAGGUAAAGGGAAAAAAGUGAAGAGAAAAGGGAGAGGUGUGGUUAAUAAAGGAGGAGAAGAAAAAAGGCGAGAGGAAUAGGAAAAGAAGCUGACCUAACGUUAGCAAUUACCUAAAAUUAACAGUUAUAUUGGGAAUCUGUGAAGGGGAUCUACAUGUCCAACCCAUGUUGUCUCUCUUCCUCACUACAGUGUGACAUCUCGUUUCGUUUGGCCGUUAGUUCGAAUAAAAGUUUGUGUCAGAAGGAGUUGAAUACCUGCGAGUGUGUUCAUAGCUCAUAGCCAGUGGAGCCGUCUCCGUCUCUUCCUCUUCCUCCUCCUCUUCAUACACUCCUGCUGUGACGGGGGACGGGGACUCGGGCGCCUCGUCGUGAGACUUCUCUGUCAGGCUGCCUUCCUCCUCCUCCUCGUCGUCGCCCUCCACUUCCUCUUCCUCUUCCUCCAGCCCCUGGAGCCCAAGCUUGGAGUUGGACAAGCUGUGGCUUGGUGGACGCUCCUCCUCAGCCGGAUCUGACCUACAGAGGGAUCAGAAUGGACGAUAUGUGUUCGUGAUGUUGGUGAGUGCUUCAGAAACCACUGCCCCCUGCUGUAUUAGUGACAUUUCAGUUUGUCCAGUCUGUAGUUCUGCAUGUUUCUUGUCAAAAAUCUCAGACAUUGUUACAAAAGGAUGGAAGAGAAAAAAAAAAGAAUUGCCAGGAUUUUUAUCUGUGAAAACAGGUCAUUGUUGUUGAUGUAAUUCUCCAUUUGGCCCGUAGAGGCUGGAGUGCACCAGCACCCGCUCUAAAUAGGACUAACAGCAUUCAUGUUUUUUUUCUGAAUGUACAUGCAUGUAUAUUGUGAUAUUGCUGUCAUUUCUUUCUUUCGGAUAGAAAUGUAUUUUUUUAGCAAAGUCUUUCCUGCUGGCUCUGGCAGGUGAGGUCAUUUUUUUUUCAGCGUGUUUUCACAGUUGGAAAAAAAAAUUUGUGAGAAAAAGUUGAAAAAUUAAAAAAAAAAACAAAGUUUGUUUAGCUUUUAGAAGAAUUGGUUAUGAGAAGUCUACUUUGUCAAAGGGGCCUAAGAGAAAAUAAACUAUAAAGCUGAAUCCCAGG